CGGGCGAGGCGGGCUGGGCGCGCGUGCGCAGCCGCGGCAGUUGCUGGCGGCAGUGGCAGUUGCUGGCGGCAGUGGCAGUUGCUGGCGGCAGUGGCAGUUGCUGGCGGCAGUGGCAGUUGCUGGCGGCAGUGGCAGUUGCUGGCGGCAGUUGCUGGCGGCGCUGAGGCGGGCCGGGGCGCUGGAGGCUCCGAUGGAUUCUCCGCUUCCCUCCCAGCCUGCCCGCCCGGCUUCGCCGGGUAGCACCGACCCCGGGCAGGAGAGGCGGCAGGAGAGGCGGGGGCGGCGGCGGGGGCGGCGGCAGCGGCGGCGGCGGCAGGGGUAUAAUGUUGUGCGUGCGCGCUUCACAGCUCCCGAAAUACCGCAGACUGCCAUGUCCGAGACCUACGAUUUCCUGUUUAAGUUUUUGGUCAUAGGAAACGCGGGAACUGGAAAAACCUGUUUGCUACACCAAUUUAUUGAAAAGGAGUUCAAAGACGUCUCAAAUGUUACUAUAGGAGUGGAAUUUGGUUCAAAGAUCAUAAAUGUUGGUGGUAAAUAUGUAAAAUUGCAGAUAUGGGAUACAGCAGGACAAGAAAGAUUCAGUUCUGUAACAAAAAAUUACUAUAGAGGAGCUGCAGGUGCUUUGCUUGUCUAUGAUAUAACCAGCCGGGAAACCUACAAUGCGCUUACGAAUUGGUUGACGGAUGCUAGAACGUUAGCAAGUCAAAAUAUUGUGAUAAUACUAUGUGGAAACAAAAAGGAUCUUGAUGCAGAUCGUGAAGUUACUUUUUUAGAAGCGUCCCAGUUUGCACAAGAAAAUGAGCUGAUGUUCUUGGAAACAAGUGCACUAACGGGGGAAAAUGUUGAAGAGGCCUUUGUACAGUGUGCAAGAGAAAUCCUCUAUAAAAUUGAAUUAGGAGAACUGGAUCCAGAAGGAAUGGGUUCAGGUAUUCAGUAUGGAGAUGAUGCUUUGAGACAGCUGAGAUCACUACAUAGAGCACAAGCACAAAGUGCUCAACAAUGUGGGUGUUAAACAAAACACAAAAUCCCAAAUACUUUAGACACAGAAGGUAAGGUUACAAAAAUCUCAGGUUGUUGGGUAAAUUACCAUAUUUCAUAAAUGUGCUGUGUCAAGUGCUUGGCUUUUUCACAGUUAGCCUGUAAAGUAACAUAGAAUCUAGUGAAAUAAUGCACAGUAGAAUGGAUUAUUGUUUUAUACUUUGAUUUUUCUUCUGCCACCUGCCCACUAAAGCAAGACUAGUGCUCUUACUGAACUAUUUCUAGAUCUUUGCUUACUCAGAGUAACGCUGUGGAAAACACUUUAGAAUUCUGUAUUCCUGGAAUGCAUUAUAGCCCUAAUAGUUAUCUAAUGCACUAUAGAGAAGGUGAAUUACUUCUGUUGUAUUGUGGACAAAUAUUACUAGAAUUGAGAAUUCACAAAAUAUAUGGUGCAAUAUCUUGUCCAAAGCUAUUAUAUAGUCUUUUCUGAAAAUACCAAGUUUAAAGACUGAGACUUGAAAUUAAAGGUAAUACUGGAUUUCAAACUUCAACUGUUUACUUUUUUUCCUACAUAAAAGCAGCUUAACGUUGUUCUGAUUCCUGUCUGCUAUGAGCAGAAAUGUAAACAAGAGAAUAGUAGUAUUUGUUGUUUAAGCAGACCUAAAGUAGCUCUUCUAGGGCUGUUGCAGCCCAUCGAACGAUGCAGUCUCCUAAAAGUCUUCCAAAGACACUCUUCAGAGCAAGUGAGGAACAGAUCUUUCCCUCUAGUAAAGUGGUAAGGGAAGAGACAUAAGUCACGUGACCUAAUCUGAAGAACAGCUUGGUGGUUAGUCUUUCUCAAACAGUUGUCCUUAAGACACCUCUCCAUGGAUUUUACUUAACUCUUUGUAGUAUGUAAGUGGUUCAUGGGGACAGCCCUUUCCCCCUGUGUAGUUAAUUAUUUUGUUAUAAUUAAUCCUUAUUUCUCUAUUAUGAGGACGGUGAUAUCAAAUUAAACAAGUACUGCAGGCAUAGUUACUGCAUCACUUUUACUGUAUUCAUUUUUUUAUCAAUUUGAGCAGAAGCUUUACAGGAUGUUAAAUAAGGCAGCAUACAAGUCUGCAUUCUCAUAUAUUGUUCUGUAUCUGUAUAGCUCCCAGUUAAAGCUCAGAAUUUUAAAUAAUGGAUAGGAAUCCUUGAACUGCUUUCCUCCCUUACUUUCAUCCUAUAAAAUAUCAUCCUUCAAUAAGAGACUGCUGGAAAGGGCAUUAAUUUAGUUCGGCUUUGGUACAGCGCUACAGGAGUGAAUAUCUACUGAUCUGAUUUCAGGAACUGAGUUUUCACAUUGAUCAGAUGUAGAUAAUUGAUGGAGUUCUUGUGUAUUUUACAGCUGUCCUUACAAAUGGUGUUUGAAGAAAUGGAAAAGCUUGAAGGCUAUGCAGUUUUUAAAAAUGUCUUUCCACUAUCUACAAACAGAGCAAACCACUGCUGUCAGAAAGGUGGCCCGUGUGGUGUGGGGCAGGAGUGUCCACAUGACACACAAGCCUGCAAAGUGAACUUGAUGAUUUGGUGGACAAUGUUAAGACUCAUACCUGUAUGUAAACAUUUUCCAUUACCUGUUUUUGUUCUUUCGCCUCUAGUUUAAAGCAUUGCUAUAUACUGUAAAUAAUGUAACAGUAAAUUUACAAAGCAUGGUAUACUUACGUAUGCUGAUAGAAUGUUGCACUACAAGCAGUUUAAUAUUUUAUUUUUUUAUCAUAUAAACAAAUUUAACGGAGGUAGGCUUUGUCAUGUUUGUUUGCUGCACAAUAGUUUAUGACCUGAAUUAUAAAACCACUGGCACUGUCAGUGAAGGGUGGUUGGUUUAUUUUUUUCCUACUUAGUUUGCCACAUUCUAACAAGCUGUUGACAUGACUGAUUCUCAACAUAUGGUUAGGACCCAUACUUACGUUUAUUAAUAUGUCAAGUUGAAAAGGUAAUUUUUAUUGAUGUUCACAUAUCCUGUUUUAUCACAGUUCUUAAAUAGCUUUUGAAGUUCUUUUAUUAAACUUUAUUAAGUCUGUCAAAUGGCUGUUGACUUUUUUUUUUUUCCCCUUGGUCCUGAUGUUUUGUGUAGCACUGGCAUCAUGAAGGUAGAUUGUAUAUGUGAACAGAACUGUGCAUUUUUGCGUAUGUUGUAAUUCUAGGGCAGGGGCACGGGCUUAUGGAGAAUUACCACAGUAGGAGCUCUCCUAACCUCCUACCACACCGAGCAAUCAGCUGUGGAAAUAUGAUCUCUGUUGAAGCCUACGUAGUGAGGUACAAACUGAACCCAAAGGGUGAUUCUAAAGUAUCCUGAAUGUAUGAAAUUUAAAAUACUCAUUUCUUUCUCUUAAAACUUUCAUGAAGUACAAUUAAGAACUUGAAUUUUAAAAUUAGACUUUAAAAUUAGGAACUUAAUAGGCUGUCUUGCUGGAGCUCUACCCUUGAAUUUCAUGGAAGUGCCCUAUGUGUAAUGCUGGCCACAGUGCUCCCAGGAGACUGAUGUCAUGGAAGGGAAAAAACAAGUGUACUACUUCAGUAGUUUGUUCUUCCUGUGAAACUCAUCAAGGGAAGUUUUGGCCUUGGUACUGAGGUUUUUUUUUUUCCUGUGUUAAAACACACAAUUCAGACUUUCUUUCCUGACCUCUUUUUUUAUUGUGGGGAGGAGGCAUGGGGCAAGAGAUUAGGAAACCUGUUCUCAUUCCUCAGCUGGAGACAGAAGAGGAGAAGACUUGCAGAGGGUCCAAGAGGGAGGACAGAACCGCAAGUAUUGUGUAUCAUUUUUAGUGUGACAUGACAACUGAUCAGGUAAGAGACCCGUGGCUUUUCCUUUGUCAGGUAAGGAGCUGCAGCACUAAGCUCGUGUUUCUGGAAGUAGCUGAAUUCAACCAGUUCAGGGGGGGCAAUUUCAUGUGCACUGAUAGAAAUCAGUAGUGACAUUUUUACUUAGUUACUUGUAUAACUAGAAAUGGGAUGUGUCCUUGAAAGUGCAAAAUAAUUAAUUUGAUCAGAAUUCAGUAUUGAAAUUCCAAGGUUAAACAUGCUUUAUUAUUUUCUGUAUAUGAGUCUUUUCUAUUUAGGUGUUUCUUGUCAAAUGAAUGUUUAAAAACUAAACCAGAAAACUUAACUGAUACUGUAAUUUAGAGGGCAAUUAAAGCACAAGAGCGAAGCAAGAAUGCUACACAGAGGUAUGCCACCUUUCAUGGAGUUAGAAUUGUGUUUAAAACUAUUCCCUUUGUCCUGACAUUUUUGGCUCAAAUGGAUGCUUACCUGAAAACUAUAUGCCUUAGAUCAUCUCUGAAUUGAAAGGAAUUAAGUUUGCUUUAUACUUGAAAAGCCUAGGUUUAGUUCUAGAAAGGCUGUUGGGUCCAAAGACCUUUAUGUUAUGAGUCUCUCAAGUAUCCUGUUAUAUUUAGGGUUGGAUUUGUUACAUAACUGAUAACAAUUACGCCCAAGGAGUAUUCACUUGUAUGGUAAGAGCGUAAGUAUUUUUGAAGCAGCUUAACUGUGCAUUUACAAUAAUGUCAAAGAACUCCAAAGAAACUUACCUGUCUUAAUCCUUACUCAACUUGCUUUGGCUUCUAGUACUCAGAACAUUACCAAAAGCAAGUACUCUGCAGUAGAUGGUGGAUGUAGUUGUUCUCCACCAGUCCAAAGGGCAUAUUAUUAACUGGGAUGUGUUGUGUUUCUGCCAGGGUUGGGGAGGCUUUUGGUUCUGAAACCCCAGAUUGUGGAAUGCUGUGAAAAGAUGAGGUAGUGGGUAGGCUGUCCCUGCCCUUACCACAGUCAUUAGACUGUGUUUCUUGGUACACAGACAAAAGUGAAAGCUGAGGAUGUACUUACCAGCUGGGACAUAGCACAAGUAAAGCUAAAGGUGUCCCCUGUCACUUAAAAUGGUUGAAAUGGUGUUGGCUGUUGGAUCAAAACUUCUUUCCAUAAGUAUAGUGACAGUUGAAAGGAGCUGGGGGACUGUUACUUAACUCGGUUGCUUUUAAAUAAAAAUUUUAGGGGAUUGAUAGGGAUUCAUGUACUUCUUCCUGUCCUUUUCCCUUUAUGUACAAGACUGGCCUCUUUUGUAUACUCUGUUCUUAUGUUCAUUUUGGUCAACUGUCUGUGGUUAAGAAGCUGUAAGCACAGUUUUAUUCUUUCUGUAACCAUAUUAAGCUGUCCCCUUCCUACCUGGAACGAAAGAAUAGCGUUGCUGUAAUGUGUUUGGACAUGUUUUUACCAUUUUUUUUUUUUUAUUGUAUACUCUUACUGUAUACACAUUAACCAGGUUAAUGUGCUUGUUUUGUAGAAUCACAACCUUUUAUGCUGCAUAUCUUACAUUUAAAAACAAAAAACUUUCUAAAAUGGCAACUCCUGAGGAGAAUAUUGUUGGAAGCAAUAGCUCUCACCAGUGCAAACUAUAUUGUUUACUUUCUUCUCUGAGGGUUUUUUAUUUCUAAAAAUACCAUGCCAAUAGCAGCCCUGGAGUAGAUUUUAAGCUUUAGCAUUAGAGUUCACACAGCAAACCAAAUCUAGCUCACCUAAA